AUGAGUGUCAGCACGAAACGCAUCAACGUGCCUCCCCAGCUGCUCCUGGACCAUGGCGACGAAGAAACCCUGGGAGACGCGGAAGAGCAGCCCCGCAAGGUCCUGGACCUCGAUGGAAGCUUCUCACUGGCCGAUGGCCUGAAGAAUUUGCCCAAGACUUUCAUGAUCCAUCCGGAUAAGGGGACAGAUCUCUCCUGUGUCAUACUUGUCCAGCCGGUGCCGGGAAUUGAGGCCGUGAAGCGAACCCGCCAGAGGAUGGGCAGCGGAGAAUCUGGGAUCUGGACGGCUACCCAUUUCCACCCUUGGUCGUCCGCCGGUUCUGCCCUCUCACCAACACGAGCUAUCGCGGCGCCGCCGAAGGACUUUUUCAAGUCCUUUCCUAUCAAUACCUCAGUUAAUGGCCGAUACCGCUGGCGCUAUUGCAUUCGCCGACGUUUUGCCCCUCAAGUUUGUGGGAUCAAAACCAUGUGCGUCUUUGCUGACGGCGCUUGUCACGAUGCCGGCAAGACAAAUGCGAAGGGCGGCUGUGGGUUCGUCUACGGUGCAGGCAGCACGAGUACCGUUUCUUUCCCCCUCGAGAAACGGGGCCCGGACGGAAAGCCGUACCCGCCCACCAGCAUCCGAGCUGAACUUCGGGCGAUAAUUGGGGCUUUGGAGUUCCGGCCGUGGUGGGCAGAGGGCUGGGAGCGCGUCGUGCUCAUCAUCGACAAUGAGAUGCUCUCCUACGGUGCCACGGGCUGGCUGCGUCAGUGGGCUGGGAAGGAGAAGUGGAAGACAGCCGACGGGAGACCCAGACCGGACCGGGACCUGUGGGAGAAGCUGUCGACAAUAAUGGGGUCGUAUGCAGACAAGGCUUGCGAGAUAUCUUUCUUCCUGGUCUCCAGAGACAUGAACUGGGCUGCAGAUCGUGCUGCAUCCGCGGCUGCUGAGAAGGGUGCCUUUCUUGAGCAUUACACGCCGCAGUUUGACAGGGCAGCAUCUUGGGCGUUUUCGUACAAGUAG